UCUCACCUCCUCGACUAUAAGCUCUGCUUCCUGGAUACGCCGUUCAGAAAAAUAAUCAGGUUGGAUUUGCCGUUAUAUCGUAUACCGAGUUUCCUUCAACCUGUUGCAUUUACACACACGAAGACGCAAUUUUUUAACGAGAAAUUCCCAUUUAAUGUCAGGAAAUUAACGAUGAUGACGUAAUAUGGGACCGCGACGCGGUAGUCGCAGGGAAAGAGCGCCACGUCAUUGAUCAGCGGAGGAGUUAGAAAAACGCAAUUUAGUUCGAGUUCCCGCUUUGGACCAGAUAAUAGACAGUUAUACUUCACCGUUUGCCUUCACUUUGCUUGACAUUUUCUUACCAAAGGAGGACCAGUCAAUAGGCGGUUCAAAAUGACGGCGUCUAACUGGGGUCUUAUCAUGAACGUGGUGAACAGCAUCGUCGGAGUCAGUGUACUCACCAUGCCCUUCUGCUUCAAACAGUGUGGGAUAGUGCUGGGAACUCUCCUGCUGUUCUUCUGUUCGUGGAUGACCCACAAGUCUUGCAUGUUCCUGGUCAACACAGCGAGCAGCACCAAAAGAAGGACUUAUGCAGGAUUGGCCUUCCAUGCUUACGGGAAACCAGGAAAAACAGUGGUGGAGAUGAGUAUGAUCGGUUUGAUGUUGGGGACCUGUAUUGCCUUCUACGUCGUGAUAGCUGAUCUGGGCUCAAGUUUCUUCGCUCAGAUGUUAGGUUUACAGGUGACUGGCAGUUUCCGCGUGCUGCUGCUGAUCGCCGUGUCUCUGUUCAUCGUCCUCCCUCUGAGUCUGCAGAGGAACAUGAUGUCCUCCAUCCAGUCCUUCUCUGCUAUGGCGCUCAUGUUCUACACCCUCUUCAUGUUCACGAUAGUGUUGUCGUCUCUGCGCUAUGGCAUAAUCUCUGGCUCCUGGGUGGAGCGGGUUCACCUGUGGCGCUUCAAGGGCGUCAUUCAGUGCCUGCCUAUUAUCGCCACAACCUUCUGCUGUCACCCACAGGUGCUGCCGACCUACGACAGCCUGGACGAGCCGUCCGUCAAACGCAUGAGCACCAUCUUCACCUCUUCCCUCAACGUAGUCACCAUCUUCUACAUCACUGUGGGUUUCUUUGGCUACGUCAGUUUCACUGAUAACAUCGCAGGCAACGUGCUGAUGAACUUCCCGUCCAACCUUGUGACUGAGAUGAUUCGCGUGGGCUUUAUGAUGUCUGUGGCCGUCGGAUUCCCCAUGAUGAUCCUGCCCUGCCGCCAGGCCAUCAACACCAUGCUUUUUGAGCAGCAGCAGAAGGAUGGGACGUUUGCUGCCGGGGGAUACAUGCCUCCUCUGCGCUUCAAGAUGAUCACCCUCUGCAUUGUGUUUGGCACCAUGCUGGGAGGCAUUCUCAUCCCCAACGUGGAAACCAUUCUGGGUCUGACUGGAGCCACUAUGGGCAGCCUCAUCUGCUUCAUAUGCCCUGCUCUCAUCUACAGAAAGAUCCAGAAGAAUGGCUUCAUUUCUCAGCUGGUGCUUUGCGUGGGUCUGGGCAUCCUACUGGUCAGCACCUUCACCACCCUCUCAAUUUCAUCUAGAAGCCCCGGCACCAAGGUCCAAGCUCCUCCUCCUCCAGCACCUGUCAAGCACGACCUGCCCCUACCGGACUUCCCCGAACUGCACGACAAUCCAGCAAACAAGAAGCCAGCGGAGAUCGAGAAAGCUGAGCUUCCAGCUGUGCAGGUGGUGCAGCCUGUAGAGAGGGGCCCAGUUGAGCCCCCCCAGAUUAAAGGACCAGUGGAACUACCUGACAGGAAGAAGGAUGAAGAGGUGCAGUUGGACCGCCCUGAUGCUGGUGUCGCGGUGCCAGAGGGCGAAGCCCAUCGCCACGAACCCCCCAUCCCCCAUGACAAGGUCCAGGUGGACACAAGAAAUGAAGAGCCAGGUUUAGGGCACGCUGUGCAGGUAGCGGACAAAAAAGACGACAAAGUUGAAGAGAAACCAAAGCCUGCUGAGGCUGUUGUGGGGAAAGAGGAAGUGGAUUUGGGUGGUGGGGAAGUCCGGUCCAAUGAAGUGGUGGAGAAGCCGGUUGCUGGGGCAGACAAAAAGCAGGAUGUCCCCCCGCCAAAGGAAGUGGAGAAGCUCGAGCCUGUGAAAGAUCCUCUUGCAGGGAAUCAGGCUGCGGUGGCACAAGUCGAUAAAGCGGGCAAAGCUCCAGAUGCUGCUGGGAAACGUGAGGCUCCACUUCCUGAAGGAGAGCAUCAUCCUGCUGCAGACGAGGCUCCAGGUAUAGACAGCAAAGAUACGGCAGACGAGAAGAUGGACGUGAUAAAAAAGCUGGUUGCAGAGGGCCAGCUGGACCACGCCGUGCUACUGCAGGUGAUCAAGGAGCAGCAAGAGCAACAGAAGAGACUUCUUGACCAGCAGGAAAAACUACUGGCUGUCAUAGAAGAGCAACACAAGGAAAUCCACCAGAAACAACCGGCUGGGGCUGCUGAUGGUGAGGCAGAGAAAGGCAUCCAGGAGGGGGUGGAAGAUGGAGCAGCAAAGCCCAAAGAGCCUGGCCUGGACUCAGACCUGAUGCAGCCCAAGGAGGAAGCUGGAGCCGGAGCUGCCGAGCCUCAUCCCGCGGCCCAGAAUCAAGUGCAGGCCGGGGAUAAGGGUGUCGAGGUUGUAGCUAAGCAGGCGGCUUACAAGGAGGAUGGCCAUGUUGCACUCGGAGGAGAAUCCAAUAAGCAGAGUGAGCUUGGGGCAAAGGGAGUGCCACUGGGAAAGAAAAGACCUGAGGACCGUCAGCCUGUACCUAAAAAUGAUCAGGCAGCUCAACUUAAAGAUGAAGAAAGAAGCCUAGAUAAGGAAAAAGAAAAAACUGAAAAUCUUAAAAAAGAUCAGGCAAGACUGGAAAAAGAACAGCUUGAGGGGGAGAAAAAGGAAAAGAUGGCCGAAGAGCAGGAGGUAGAAAAGGAGAGGAUAGAGAAAGAAGUGAAGGCAAGAUUGGAAAAAGAACGGCUGGAAAGAGAGAGAAAAGAAAUGCUGGCCAAAGAGCAGGAGUUGGAGAAGGAGAGAGUUGAGAAAGAAACGAUGGAGAAAGAAGUGCAGGCCAGAGUGGAAAAAGAACAACUAGAAAGGGAGAGAAGAGAGAAGCUGGCCAGAGAACAGGAGCUGGAGAAAGAGAGACUGGAGAAAGCUGCAGAAGAGAGACUUCAUCAGGAGAUGCAGAAAGCACACAAUGAAAUACUUGAGAGAGCAAAGAAAGAGAAACAGGCAGAGGAGGCUCGGGAGAGGCUGGCCCAGCUGGAGCGAGUCGUAGAAGAAAGAAAGGCUGCACAGGGGGCUGAGAGGGAAGACGGUGAAGCUUUGAAGAAAGGAGGACGAGACCUCAAAGAGGAUGUUGCUGCUCAGGCGGACUCAAGAGAAGGUGUGGAAGACGGGGCCGUCAAAGCCGGGGCUCAGCCCCAGGGCUCCCACGAGAAAUUCAGGGACCAGGGAGAGAUGGAUCUAAGGCGGAGGCGCAGGGAACUGGGACCCGGAGAAGCUGGAGGGCCCCCGGAGGAGCCCGGGGUGCCCAGGGGGAUGCCGAGGCUAGAGCCCCUGCUGGAGCUGGGGGGCUCCGACCUGCAUGCGGCCCUGGAGGAGCAGCUACUGGCUGGGGCAAUGGUGCACACGCGGCAGAUUAAACAGGCCUCAGAGGACGAGGGAACGAAAUAAAGCAUCAGACGCACACAGAUUCUCACUCAAUGAUCGGGCAGCAAGUUCGACACAUACUGUACAGCUGCAGGAAACUUCUAAUACUGUGGACCGUGAUAUUGUUGCCUUACUUUCUCUCCUUCAGAAAUGUUGUUGACAAAGAGGAACAGUUUCUCUUCCUUGAUACUGUCUACUGUGGAAAUAACAGUCUAUUAAAGAGCAAAGUGCAUGUACAUAUUAACUUAUUUUUGUCUUUAGGGAGGACAAUUUUGAAGAGGUCACUGUUGAAAUGUAUAUAAAUCUAUGCAAAUACCAUUCCAUAGAGUGAUUAGACAGGGAGGAUGUAUUAAUGUUUGUAUUUGAGUCACCCAAGUUCCUUUUUAUUCACCAGCUUUGUGGAGUUUGGCUCUCUGAAGGAUCUGUUGUGCUCUCUCCUGUGCCGAUUUUCUGUUAAAAGUUCAGUUUGUGUGUAUCUCUUACUUUGAGAUGUAAAUAUUGUAAUAUCUGUUACGGUUUAAGGUUUCUUUGAACCUACAUGUACCGCGUAUUGGAUGUAAUGUGGGUUCAGGUGCCUUAGAGUAAGACUUGUUUCACUAUAUUUU